AUGCCAAUCUCGAUGGACGUAGCCAAUGCCGGGGUUGCCCUCGAGGAGAGCCUCGAGAAUCUCCUCGAGGCCUACUCGAAGGUAACCUCGCAGUACAUGGAGGCCGACAAAGCCCAAGGCGUGUCCGCCCUCCAGGAGCAGAUUCAGGAGACCGUGAAACUAUUGCGAUUCGGGUCCCGGCACCUCCUCGGACUCUCUGCUGAGCUGGACACACUGCUUCCGCGCCGUGAGGAUCCGUCUCCCCCCGAAGCGGAUGCUCGGCCUGCCCGCCAGGAGAAUCUGUCUCCCUCUCCCCCCGAGGCGGGUUCUCGGCCUUUCCGCCGGGAAAGUCCGUCCCCCAUCGAGGCGGAUGCUCGACCUUCCCGCCGGCUGAAUCUGUCUCCCGAUCAGUGCGAGGAACUGUCAAGGUUGGUCCGUGAGCUGGAUCGUCUGUUUGCCUGCGAGGAUGCGGAGGACGAGGCCGCCGAGGCGGCCGAGACCGCGGCGGCGGCGAGGGCGGCAAUUCCGCCCCUCCGGCCCCAUGCGGAGCGGGCAUCUUCCGCGCCACGCAGGCUUCGCAAACCUGACCACCGCCGUCAGGCACGCCUCGAAAGGGCGUACGCCCUUCUCAGCCACCACUACGCGGAGGAUGAAUUCUGGCCUCGCGGUACCUUAUUGCCAUCAUAUGGCAUGAUGAACUAG